CCAACCUGUGCAUCCUGUGUAAUCCAGUACAGUUGAGAAGCACCUGAAUGCUAUACUUAUCUAGGGAAACUGCACCCAAGUCAGCCGACGGAUGUGUCUCUGCCUCACGUUUUGAGGAUUUAUUUUAAGCUACGAGAGACAGGAUAUUUAUUUGGUGGUUUUUGCACCUUUGGGGGACGUCACAACAGAAUCUGUAACAGCAGCCAAGAUUUUAGAUGUCAUUUUCUAGCACCCUGGACCAUUUUUGCCUCUCUCGUUGUCAGCAGAUGGGAAUUCUUUAACCAAGAAAGUGCGAAUUUGAUAGACAGCUGAUGGCAAAGUUGACAAACUGGGUCCUCUCUUCCAGGAAGAUGAUCAGGGAUAGCAAGGAAAUGGCUCCUCUCAUGGGCAGCAAGAAAGCAAAUCCACUCGGGACUCCACCGAUGGCACAUCCAGAGAAGAGCGGAAAUGGUUCCACACGCACAGAGCCGACACGCCACACAAUGAGGAAUCCCACAAGGCCCACGGAGGGGCAGAGCAGCCCUCGAAAGUUGACCAACCAAGUAGCCGCAUGUUCCCACUUUUUUCUCGAGAUUGAAGCCUUUGACAGCAACGUCACGCCAAGCCGAACUUCACCUCCCGUCUUCUCAAAGCCAAUGGACUCCAAUAUCCGCCCGUGCGCAUCUGCAAACUGUGAAGAUAUGGAUUCCCCACAGUCUCUCCAAGAUGAUAUGACUGAGUAUACCCCAAAUGCAGACAGCUAUUGCACUAACUCAUCCCAAAGCGCUCGACAGAACAAUCGCCGUAAAAAGUUGAAGAAGUACCUGUUCCGGGCUGUGUCCGAGGGCAAUGUAGAAGAACUCCAGCACCUCCUUAUUGAAGUGAAGGAACGGUCCCAUGCAUGCAGAAAUCUGACGGUCCAAGACUACCUAAUGAAAAAAAUGACCUCUUCAGACACGGGCAAGACCUGCCUAAUGAAAACCUUGUUAAACAUCAACCAGAACACAAAGGAAAUUGUGAAUAUAUUACUUUUGUUUGCAGAAGAAAAUCUGAUCUUAGAAAGGCUUGUUAAUGCCGCAUACACAGAAGACGCCUACAAAGGGCAGACAGCUUUGAACAUCGCCAUUGAGAGACGGCAGUACGACAUUACUCAGACCCUGAUUGAGAAAGGAGCAGACGUGAACGCUCACGCGCAAGGCGUGUUCUUCAAUCCUAAGCACAAGCAUGAAGGUUUUUAUUUUGGAGAAACCCCCCUGGCGUUAGCUGCCUGCACCAACCAACCGGACAUAGUUGAGCUGUUGAUGAACAACAGUAAGACCGACAUCACGUCCCAGGAUUCGAGGGGGAACAAUAUAUUGCACGCUUUGGUGACGGUAGCAGAAGACUUUAAGACGCAAAAUGACUUUGUGAGGAGGAUGUACGACACCAUCCUCCUGAGAAGCAAAAGCCGGGAUUUGGAGAAAAUGAAGAACAAGGACGGUUUAACGCCUCUGCAGUUGGCUGCAAAAACUGGAAAGUUAGAGAUUUUGAAAUACAUUCUCAGCAGAGAAAUCAAAGACAAGCCGAACAGGAGUCUUUCCAGAAAAUUUACUGACUGGGCUUAUGGACCAGUGCAAUCUUCCCUAUACGACCUGACAGAAUUGGAUACUACCUCAGAAAACUCCUUACUAGAUAUUAUUGUCUACAAUACAAAUAUUGGGAAUCGCCAUGAAAUGUUAGCACUGGAGCCUCUGCAUUCCUUGCUCCACAUGAAAUGGAAAAGAUUUGCCAGACACAUGUUUUUUCUCUCCUGCUGCUCAUACUUCAUCUACAACGUGGUACUGACGUUGAUCUCCUACUACAGGCCUCAUGCAGACACGCCUCCACCAUACCCUUUAGCUCUGGCCAGCAACCUGGGCUGGCUGCACCUGACCGGGCAGGUAACGGUGAUGCUGGGGGCCGCAUUUAUAGCAAUUAAAGAGAGCGUAGCCAUCUUCCUGCUGAGGCCUUCGGAUCUCCAGACAAUUCUAUCUGAUGCUUGGUUUCAUUUUGCAUUUUUCAUACAAGCGGUGUUGGUCAUCUUCUCAGUUUGCUUGCACCUGUUUUCCUACAACGAACACCUUGUGUGCCUUGUCUUGGCGAUGUCCUUGGGAUGGGCCAACCUGUUAUAUUUCACACGGGGUUUGCAGUCUAUGGGAAUCUACAGCGUGAUGAUUCAACAGGUCAUCUUGCAUGAUGUGUUAAAGUUUCUACUGGUCUAUAUCGUCUUUCUGCUUGGAUUUGGCGUAGCUCUAGCUGCCUUAAUAGAAAACUGUCCCGAAGACAGUAACUGCAGUAACUACAGCACUUUAGGGAGCGUCGAGAUUGAACUCUUCAAGCUCACCUUAGGCCUUGGUGACCUGGAUAUCCACAAGAACGCAAAAUAUCCAAUUCUGUUUCUGCUGCUUCUCAUCUUCUACGUCGUCUUGACCUUUGUUCUGCUCCUUAACAUGUUGAUUGCACUGAUGGGAGAGACAGUGGAGGACAUAUCCAAAGAGAGUGAACAUAUCUGGAGGCUUCAGAGAGCAAGGACUAUUGUGGAAACCGAAAAGCUUCUACCAAAAUACCUGAGGAAAAAAUUCCAGCUUGGAGAAUGGUGCAAAGUGGCUGACAGUGACACCCGCCUAUGUUUAAGGAUUAAUGAAGUCAAAUGGACAGAAUGGAAGACACACGUUGCCUUUAUCAAUGAAGACCCAGGGUCAACAGAUUACAGCAGAAUGCAAGAGGCAUCAAGAAGUAACAGCAAGAUCACUCUGAAUACGUAUGAAGAAAUGUAUGAUUUGCCAGAAACGUCUGUUUAAGUUGCACAUUGGACUAUGUAAGAAUAUUAAGACCACUGGCGUAAUGACAGGAGCGUGGGCAGGAAAGACCUUCUGCUGUUAUUGCUGCCAAAUUCCUCUGACAGGCCAGCUUUUGCUUCCAGAGCUUGGCUUGGGGGGAGUUCAUGUAAAAAUGAGAGGUAUCACUGUUGCCACAACAGCAAGAUUCUGGAAGGGAAAAUACGGACAAUGGCGUGGAAAGCAAAGAGCAAAUGGUGCCGUGAAAGAAGGGCAGAGACUUCCUCGAGCCUUGAGACUGUUUGUGUGAGCGGAAGUGAGCAGACUUGAGACUUGUGGGAUCUACUUUAGUUUCUGCUAGAGCCUCUUGGGAAUGAUACCUAUUAUUACUAUUUUUAGAACCAACUAGAUCCACCAAGUAGAGCCUGGUGCAAAAGAUAUAUACUUAAAAGAAUACUGAGCCUAGUCACUUUUUUUGAGUAAUAGAACGGAACAGAGUUCCAUCUAAAAACCCACUCCUGGUUACCUCCAAGCUCUCUUCAUUUCAGCAGUAUAAUUUAGGGUGGUGUGGGGCGGUUCAUGUUGUUGCUGCUAUUGUUGCUGGGAGUCGGAAAUCCUUGCCAAUCUACUGCAAAAGAUUUAGAGGCCUACUGGUAGGUUUCAGUCUACCUCCUUCUGUCAGCCUCUCUACUAUGGAACGAUGAAGAAGUUACAUCAAGCAAACCACAUUUCAGAUUUGAAGUGAAACCACAGAAUUAAAUCUUCAGCACUGACCAUUUUGGGAGUGGUUGUUGUCAAUUACAUGGCAACCCUAUCUUGUGAAAGGACAAUGAGUACAUAUCCAAAGGGAACAUUUUAUGUGCGUUCAAAGGGUGCAUAUGUACACUGCAUAUAGUUUAUACUAGUAUACAGUGUUUACAUCCAGUUAUUCCUGUAAAAUGUGCUUUAAUCCUCAUUGAAUUUUUUUAAUGUUGUGAAAUGACAGUUUGCAUGGUACCAAGGGGUGCAUUAGAUUUUUAUAUAUGUAUAUAUUCAUGCAGACGUUGAUGGAGCAACAGCCCAGCAGAUUUUUGAAGACUGUUCUAAAGGUGUCUUUCUGCAGAUGCUCCUUUUUUGCUUCCUGAUCAGCACUUUAGGGCCAAAUGGCCAUUUGGGAGAAAUCUUGAAGAAGAAGAGGAAGAAGAAGAAGAAAAGAAGCGAUGAUAUUGUGCCUUCGUUAUCCUGAACGUUAUUACUUUUGUUUAGAUAUUUGUCCUAUUCAGUGUUUUUAAGAAAAUAUUUAUUACACAUAAGAGAAAUAAAA